AUGGCCAAGUCAGGGAGAAUCACCAAAGGCAAAGCCCGCGCUACUUCGGAGAGAGCCAGUUCGGAGGAAUCGGAAGCCUUCGGCGGAAGCAGCAGCCGCGGCCGCUCCACCCGUGCACGCACGAUUCGGGAGGAAGAGAGGUCGAUGCCCGCUCACGAGCAGGACGACGAGUCAGAAGGCUAUGAGGAACCUCAAGCGGACGAGUGUACAGAGCUGGGUCCGGCAAACCCGACUCCCGAGACUCCGGAGGAAGAGGAAACCAAGGUCGCCCGCAACGCCCGUCAAGAUGUCCAGGAAGUUCAAGCCGUCCGCGUCACCACGGUCCAAGAGCUUCCCCCUUCCUCCUCGCCGGGCAGCUCUACCAACGACAGUGACGACGAGGCCACUGUCACGGCAAUCCGCGCGCGCAGGGCCGCCAAAGCUCGGGCCGUCGCCGCCCAAGCCGAGAUGCUCGACCAGAACCGCAAGCUCAUCGAACAAAAUGCGCAAUUCAUGAAACAGAACGCUGAGUUGAUCGCCCUGCUCCGCGCCCGUCCAGUGGCGGUGGCUGCCCCAGCGGCCGCUCCCGCGGUCGCUGAAGCUGCCAACCUCAAGCGAAAUUCGGGCGCCCAAGGACCACGGCCCCAGCCAUUUGCGUCCAGCGGGACACCGACCACGGCGACCACCUGGUCCAACAAGCGCGCGGCACCGACUACCGUCCAUCACAUCAACACCCCGACCGGCGUGCCAGAGUACAAGAAACCCCGCCUCAUGGUCCCGCGCUUGACCCCCGAAGAACGCGAGCGCUGCAUGCAUAACGGCCUGUGUCUCCGUUGUCGCCAGCCGGGGCACAUGGCGGCCCAAUGCCCGGAAUUCAACCCCCCGGCGACUGUCCACCAAAUCGAUGCAACCACCAAUAUGCCCAUCCCCGAGCCCAGCAGCCUCCACCCAGACCGGGAGCACCAGAUCCUCAAGCGUGCCGCUCCCCUGCCGGCAGCGGGGCGCGAAACCAAGAAAGUCCGCUUUGCGCUCGACACGCCAACCACCUCGAACCCCCUAGUCCCCCAGAACCCAUCCCGCGUACACAUGAACCUCAGCCCAGUGCCCAAGACUCCGUUGCUCUCAGUGCACAAGACCUCCCCCUCCGUUGAACCCCCUCCCAUGGAUCCCACCCCCUCAGUGCAGAGAACCCCCGCACCCGACCCCACCCACCCCGAACCCACGCCACCGGCGAUCCUGCACACCCGACGAUGCGUGGACCCGGCCGCGUUUGCUACGGCCUUCCCUGCGCGAAUCCCAACCCAGUCCAACCCCAACCUCGAACCCGUCCGUGCGCGCGGGGUUUCCUCCCCAACACCGGGCGGCAACCACGACCCGGCGUUGCAGAUGGCUCUCACUCACGUCCGGCGGCACAUCUCCGACAUUGGUGGCACACUCGACGACCGGCAGGAACAGGCACUGUUCGCACAGCUUUGUAUCCACUCCAAGAAGUGCUCAGAUGGACCGCUCAUCACCAACGCGAGGCUCACCGUCUCCGCGACCAUCACGGGCAUUCCCGCCACAGUCUUGCUGGACACCGGGUGCAGCUCCUACAUCAUGAGUGACCGCUUCGUCAAACGCCACCGCUUCCGCACCCGACCGUCGCGGGUGGAACUACAGUACGCGGCCCGCGACUCCAAGGGAUCCGCCACAUCAUACGUCGUUGAAGACAUUGUCAUCAACGGCUGGGCGCGGAAGCUACCGUGGCUCGUCGCCAACAUUCGGCCCGACGAGAUCAUUGGCCUUCCUUGGUUUCUGGAAUGUCCUUGGCCAUCAACGAACCUGAGCACGGUGCACGGCACCUGA